CUCUGCUCCCCUCACAAAACUCUCCCUCUCCUACCAAAACUCUAUCAUCAUCAUCACUUCAGGACUCUCUCUCUCUCAUUUUCUUUUUCAUUAAUUUUUUUGGGUACAUAUUUUUCAAAAAGGAAUAUGGCGGGGAACGAGUGGAUAAACGGGUACCUGGAGGCGAUUCUGGACAGCGGGGCGUCGGCGAUAGAGGACCAGAGCAAGGCGGCGGCCGUGAGUUUGAGGGAGAGGGGAGAUUUCAAUCCGACCAAGUACUUCGUGGAGGAGGUGGUGACUGGUGUCGACGAGACCGAUUUGCACCGGACGUGGAUCAAGGUGGUCGCCACUCGGAAUACCAGGGAAAGGAGCUCCAGGCUUGAGAAUAUGUGCUGGCGUAUUUGGCAUCUCACUCGCAAGAAGAAGCAGUUGGAAUGGGAGGAUGUCCACCGGAUUGCACAACGAAGGUGGGAGAGGGAACAAGGACGCAGGGAUGCGACAGAAGACAUGUCCGAAGAUUUGUCUGAAGGUGAGAAGGGAGAUGUGCUGGGGGAAGCGAUGGUAAGUGAAAGCCCGAGGAAAAAGUUCCAGCGUAACUCUUCCAACUUGGAAGUAUGGUCUGAUAGUAACAAGGAGAAGAAACUUUACAUUGUUCUUAUCAGUUUGCAUGGUUUGGUCCGUGGGGAAAAUAUGGAGCUUGGUCGUGAUUCUGAUACUGGCGGUCAGAUCAAAUACGUGGUGGAGCUUGCUCGAGCUCUAGCAAGGAUGCCGGGUGUGUACAGAGUAGAUUUAUUCACCCGCCAAAUUUCUUCACCUGAAGUCGAUUGGAGCUAUGGUGAGCCCACCGAGAUGAUCACCGCAGGUGCUGAAGAUGCCGAAGAUGUCGGAGAAAGCAGCGGGGCCUACAUUAUAAGGAUUCCCUUUGGUCCACGAGACAAGUACCUCAGAAAAGAAGUGUUGUGGCCUUAUAUUCAAGAAUUUGUAGAUGGAGCCUUGGCACAUAUUCUUAACAUGUCAAAGGUUUUGUGUGAACAAAUCGGUGGGGGCCAGCCUGUUUGGCCCUACGUAAUUCAUGGCCACUAUGCGGAUGCGGGGGAUAGUGCUGCUCUUCUUUCGGGUGCUUUAAAUGUUCCGAUGGUUCUAACGGGACAUUCACUUGGGAGAAACAAGUUAGAACAGCUUCUAAAGCAAGGAAGGCAGUCAAAAGAGGACAUUAAUUCUACAUACAAGAUUAUGAGGAGGAUAGAAGCGGAAGAGCUUUCACUUGACGUUGCGGAACUUGUUAUUACGAGCACCAAACAAGAGAUUGAUGAGCAGUGGGGUUUAUAUGAUGGGUUUGACGUCAAGCUUGAGAAAGUUUUGCGGGCGCGUGCUAGACGAGGAGUCAAUUGCCAUGGACGUUACAUGCCAAGGAUGGCGGUAAUUCCUCCUGGUAUGGACUUCAGCAACGUUGAGGUUCAAGAAGAAGAUGCUGAUGGGGAAUUGAUACUAACUAAUACAGAUGGGUCUUCUCCAAAAGCAUUCCCACCAAUAUGGUCAGAAGUGAUGCGUUUUCUGGCAAAUCCCCAUAAGCCAAUGAUCUUGGCAUUAUCAAGACCGGACCCGAAAAAGAACAUCACCACUCUUUUGAAAGCCUUUGGAGAAUGCCGACCAUUGAGAGAACUCGCUAAUCUUACCCUUAUAAUGGGAAAUAGGGAUGACAUUGAUGAGAUGUCGGCUGGGAGUGCUAGUGUCCUCACAACCGUAUUAAAACUGGUUGAUAAGUAUGAUCUGUAUGGGCAAGUGGCUUUCCCAAAGCAUCACAAGCAAAGUGAUGUUCCCGAAAUCUACCGUCUCGCCGGAAAAACCAAGGGGGUUUUCGUAAAUCCAGCUUUAGUUGAGCCUUUUGGACUUACCCUAAUUGAGGCUGCAGCCCAUGGACUUCCAAUGGUGGCAACUAAAAAUGGUGGUCCAGUUGACAUUCAUAGGGCUUUGAAUAAUGGUCUACUUGUCGACCCUCAUGAUCAAGAAGCAAUUGCUAAUGCGCUGCUUAAACUAGUAUCAGAGAAGAACUUAUGGAAUGAUUGCAGAAAGAACGGUUGGAAGAACAUACACCUAUUCUCAUGGCCGGAACACUGUCGCACAUACUUAACGAGGGUGGCGGCCUGCCGGAUGCGGCACCCACAAUGGCAAACUGACACCCCAACCGCCGAUGACUUAGCUGCUGAAGAGUCCCUAAAUGAUUCGCUUAAGGAUGUGCAAGAUAUGUCCCUUAGGUUGUCUGUUGAUGGGGAAAGAACAUCACUCAAUGAAUCACUUGACCAUGUGGGUGCAAUUGGAGGUGACCCUGAGCUGCAAGACCAAGUGAAACAGGUACUAAGCAGGAUGAGGAAGCCAGAAACAAGCUCACAAGAUUCCCAAGGCAGCGAAAAACUGCUCGAUAAUGUUGUAAGCAAAUAUCCCAUGUUACGGAGGCGGAGGCGCUUGAUUGUCAUAGCACUAGAUUGCUAUGACACAAAUGGAGCCCCUGAAAACAAGAUGAUUCGGAUAAUCCAGGAUAUAUUCAGGGCUGUUAAUCUAGUCUCUCAAACUGCAAGGUUCUCUGGCUUUGCAAUAUCGACAGCCAUGUCUAUGUUGGAGCUGACAGCCUUCUUGAAAUCGGGGAAUGUUCAAGUCAACGAGUUUGAUGCUUUGAUUUGUAGUAGCGGAAGUGAAGUGUACUAUCCUGGUGCAUAUUCGGAAGAUGGAAAGCUAUGUCCUGACAGGGACUAUGUAUCACAUAUUGAUUACCGUUGGGGUUGUGAUGGUUUGAAAAAAACUAUUUGGAAGCUGAUGAAUACACAUGAAGGUGGAUCUCCUCAUUCUUCGAGCCCCAUAGAAGAAGAUGCCAAAUCUAGCAAUUCUCAUUGUGUCUCCUACUUGAUAAACGAUAUCAGUAAGGCAAGGAAAGUGGAUGAUAUGAGGCAGAAGCUGAGGAUGCGAGGUCUACGUUGCCAUCUGAUGUACUGCAGAAACUCAACAAGAAUGCAAGUUAUCCCUCUUCUUGCAUCUCGAGCACAAGCACUCAGGUACCUAUUUGUUCGUUGGAGAUUAAACGUUGCUAAUAUGUAUGUGAUUCUCGGUGAGACUGGAGACACCGAUUAUGAGGAACUGAUAUCCGGAACCCAUAAGACCCUCAUCAUGAAAGGAGUGGUGGAGAAGGGUUCCGAAGAGCUGCUCAGAACAGCCGGAAGCUAUCUCAAAGAUGAUAUUGUCCCCGAAGGCAGCCCACUGGUGGCCUACACCAGUGGAGAAGCGAAAGCCGAUGAAAUUGCUACUGCUUUGAAGCAGAUAUCUAAAUCUAGCCCAGGAACAUGAGAUAGCAAUCUCUUGUUCUUUUCCAUGAUGCAGAUUACAAGUAUUUUGUCACUAUUAUUGAAUAAGCAAAUUUUCUGACAUGGGUUUCACCCAAAAUGUAGCUACAAAAUGAAUCCCAUAGUAGGAAAUGCUUUUUGUUGUUGGAUGUUUUAUAAAAAAUCCUUCUCUAUAACUUCAAGUAUAGGAAAUUUCUCUCUUACAUGAUGC